AUGCCCAGUCUUCUACUGUUACUUCUGAGGUUCCGACUAUGGGAACGAACCCGCCGCCGCCGCCGUUUACAACUAAGACAGAAAUCUGGUCAUCAUGUUGCAAUGAAACAUGAAAAUGAAGAAUUGGGAAUCAAGCACUUCAAAGGUGAGAAGAAUGAAGUGGAUUGUGCUAUCUGCAUAUGCAAGAUUGAAAGUGGAGAUCUGAUCAGAGAGCUAAUCUGUGACCAUAUCUUUCACAAAGGUUGCUUAGACAGAUGGAUUGGAGAUGGGUAUCGACCAAGAUCAUGUCCUCUUUGUCGGGGUACCCUAGAACCAAAAAUAACUGUUACCAAGAUUGAAGAGAACCAGGAACUUGGACAAGAAACCAUUAACAGUUCUUCUUCAUUCUCUGGUUCUAUGGAUCAUGGUAGACCUGGAUUGUGUUUUAAUCUUCAUUACUGGUGA